AUGCCACUGGUAACGUUCAACAUCGAUCCCAACGCAGACCCAGCACCGUCACCGUCAAAUACUGGGUGCUCGUCGGGAACUGCGACUCUGGCCACAUCGCACAGCGGCUCCGACGACGGCUGCCAGCAGCACAAGUGGAAGGAGGGCCGUGCCGAGCGGAUAAAGUCGCUGGAGGCGGUGCUGGGGACAUGCCAGCGACGGCAGCUGAAGGCACAGCAGCAGGGGGAAGCCGAGGCCAACUAUGACCAGAUGCUGGCCAGCGAAGGCGAGGACGGGGAUGAAGAUAGAGAUGAGGACGAGGACAAGGGCGACAGCGGCCACGACUCAGGACGACAGCAACAUACCAGCCGCCGAGCGCACCCUGGCACGGCGGCACACAAAACAGCCGACCAGUACCUGGCGUGGGACACGCGCUUGCGCCGUGCAGUUGGCAGCCUGUGCUUCAGCUGCACCGCGUCGCAGGGCAGCUCUGACACCAAUGCAUAA